AAUGGUUAAGAUAUAUGCUAUUGAUUAAGAUUUUCUCUGCUCCAAAAACUUCAUCUCGAUUAGUUUCAUCUAACUUUUUACCAUCGAUAAAUUCUUUAGUUAGAAAUAAAUCUAAUACUUACCCUGCUCCGUUUGGAAAUGACAAUUCAAAGCAGGAUAUAGCUCACGACAAUCAAUCAAAAUAUUCAAGAUAUUAA